UGAAAUAUGCUGCAGAACGGUGAAGAGAAGACCUCACGAAUGGAAUUGGAUGUUGCCAAUGAAUUCUAAUGACAAUUUCCAAUGGCAAUGUUCGGUCUGCUCACUGCCACUCUGGAGCAUAUGAUGUACAGAGAAUCGUUCCAGAUUUAGACCCAGAUCUUACACGUGACACAAACCACCGCUCUGGUGUGGACAUCAACAGACAUCACCUGGCGUCGCUAUAACCAUAAUAAUAUAACCAAUGUAACCAUAACUUUGAUCGGACGAUAGUCUAUUGGUCUAUAGACCAGCUUAGAAAGAAAAAGAUUGAAGAAAAUGAUUUCUAUUUGUUACUGCCACCGCGAUCGAUCAACGAUAAUACGAUCGUUUCUACGUUUUCACGAAAAUAAACCGUUUUCACGGUAGAAGGGACCUGUAGAUUUUAGAUUUUUCGUGUUAUGUGUGUAACAUUUAGGAACGUUAUUGCUCGAAGCAUUGAAAUUUUGCUAAAAUGUCCUUAAGAAAAUUCAUGCAUUCUAGAAACAGAUAUAAAAAUAUACCAGAUUUUAAACAACUUGCAUUAUUGUAUCCAGCAUUUCGUAAUGUUGCAAAUAUAGAUCUGACUGGCAAAGUAAAACUUGACUUUAAAAAUGAAGAGUGUUUGCGAGUACUGACAGAAGUAUUGUUGAAGCAUGACUUCAAUUUAGACGUGAAAAUACCUCCAAACAAAUUGGUGCCAACAUUGCCAUUACGUCUGAAUUAUGUGUUGUGGAUCGAAGAUUUAAUAAAACACUCGUCUUUUUGUGAAAUGAAGGAAGCUAUUGGCAUAGAUAUUGGGACCGGAGCAAUUUGCAUAUAUCCGUUAUUGUUCGCAAGGAUGUAUGGAAAUCGAAUGAUCGGCACAGAGAUCGAUGAAAUCAGUUUACAAACAGGUACUCGACAAGUUGAACAUAAUAAUUUACAGCAUUUGAUAAAAGUAUUGAAAGUAGAUGGACAAACGGUCUUCAGGGACGUCGUAAAAGAAGAUGAAACUUAUCACUUUGCAAUGUGUAAUCCACCUUUUUUUGAAACAGAGGAAUCAGGGAAAGUAGCUAAACGUCUACCACCUAGAAAUGCUCCGACUGGAAAUCAGGCUGAACUUACGAUUCAAGGCGGUGAAAGGGCAUUUGUUAAACGAAUGAUAGACGAAAGUAUAGAAAUGGGAGGAAAAAUAAAAAUUUAUACCACCAUGUUCGGUCGAAGAAGCAACUUGUUGUUUCUAUUAAAAUUAAUCAAAAAGAGAAACAUAGAGAACGCUACCUGGACAGAAUUUUGUCAGGGUCAUACCAAACGGUGGGGAUUGGCAUGGACGUAUUUAUCGAAAGAUGCAAUUAAUUUGACGAGUGCCCCUGUUAUUAGGAAAAGCGGAGACUAUAUUGCAAAGCUGUUAAGACAGAAACGUCCAACGGAGAUACAAUUUCCAAUGAAAGAUAAAAUCCUCUCUUUCGAUAACUUGAUCGAUUCCAUAGAAGAAUCGAUGGAAGAAUUACAUGUUCGUAUCAAAGAAUUAAAAUUGCCUAUCGUUGAUUUCAAUGGUUGGUCGUGCCAGUUGGUUGCAAGAAACGACUCCUGGUCGCAUUCGCGUCGAAAACGUCGAUUAGCUCAAAGGAAAAUUAACCAAGAAGCAGAUUGUCAUAACGAGGAAGAAUCAAGCGAACACGGUGGAAGAAUUGCCAUCGACCAAAUAGAAGAUGGUACAAAUUGUUCCGACACCGAGGAACCUUUUUUAGUGUGUAACUUUUUCGUUGAACUGAUUGAAAAUGAAGAAGAAUUUGAAAGCGAUAGCAUAAGAAUAUCCAUGGUUUUUGAAAAAGGACGCGGUGGCAGAAAUGCUUUAGAAACAUUCAAACAGUAUUUGAUAAACAAACUAGAUAUUAAAGACUGUUUACAAAAACAACAAACGAUGUUAUCACCGAAGAAGAAAAGGAAAAGGCUGAAGAGAAGCAACAGCGAUAAGCGUUGUAACAACGUGGAUCAAAGCAGUGGUUCGCGUGAACAGAACGUGGAAUCAUCUUAAGUUAUGUCACAUUUGUUCGACUUAAAAUUAUGUAAGUUCAUAUAUGUAUGCUAUGUAAUAAAACUUGUGAGAGGCGACGUCAAAAUAAUAAACACAUUCAUGAAUGAAAUAAAGCAUACCGUGUAUAUGACACGAAGGAGAAAGGACUAUUCAAGAAGAGAGGAACCAGAGAGAUGGAGCAAGGAAGAAAGAUGGGCAUUAUUCGGCAUUCUAAUAACCGAGGCAUCUUUAUUUUCUUCAUUAUUAUCACUUUUAAUGCUGCUCGUUGAUUUCAUACCACAGAUUGCCAUAAUUAUGUGUAUUUAUGGUAUUUUAGAAAAUACGUAAUCCUUUUAUGUACUGUGAAACGCUAUCGUCGCGUAGCGGUAAACGGCCAAAUUAAAGUUCUAGGUCAACAAAAUA